AAAGAAAAAAAACAAAGCAAAAAUUGCGAUUUUUCUCAACGGCCGGAAAAGUUUGCUCCGGUGUGUUCGCCGGCUCUACCGUCCUCGGCGCACGUUUUGACGACCGGAAAAGUUAACUUUACUCCCGGUGUGUUGGUGUGAUCGGCGGCUCUAACAUCAAGUGCUUAAAACGGACUUUGGCGGAAAUCCUAGCGCAAACUCAAGGAGGAGCAAAGUUUUUGGGCAGAUAAUCGACGCGCUUGGGUGUAGAUAAGCCUAGACUUGGGCCAUUCCAGUGUCGGCGCUCCACCACGCUGCUUAUAUCAAGGGAAAUUUAUCAUCAGCUUUUGCCCUGAUUGUGAACUCCCCCCAGCGAAUCGCCGAAAUUUUUGCCAAGGAGGAGAAGGGCGAAAUCGCCCGGCUGUCCUCGUUUGUGGGGCCAUCGCGAUCGGCGUCCUGGUCAAGAGCACACUCGGCCCGAAGAGAAUGGACAAGAUUCUGGUGGCGCAAGGCCGCAGCGCUGGCCAGGUUGAGGAGACCAACGACGAGGCGACGAUUUUGAAGGCGAUCGGCGUAGAAAAUCCGGCGGCGAAGAUCCUCGUGGACAUGAGUCGAGUGCAGGACGAUGAGGUUGGCGAUGAAACGACUUCCGUGACUUCUGGCGUCGGAGUUGCUGCGCGUGGUGGAAAAGCUGAUCGAGCAAAAGUUGCACCAGCAGAAUAUCAUCGCCGGGUGAAGAGCGGCCACGCAGGCGGCACGUUCGGUGCUGAUUGCCGCGGCUCAGGGCAACUUGAAGGAUGCGGAAAAGUUCCGGGAGGAUAUGAUGAACAUUGCCCGGACGACGCUCAGCUCGAAGAUUCUGUCCCAGCAUAAGGAGUACUUUGCCAAGGAAGCUGGUCGUCGAUGCCGGCGGUUGCUUGAAGGAAUCGUUCCUGGACGAGGGUUUCCUGCUAGACAAGAAGCCCGGUGUGCACCAGCCGAAGCGCUUCGGGAACGGUCUUCCG